AUGUCGGAAAUUACCAAAGUUCGGAUUCUUGGAUCUGAUUCCAUUCACAUUGGAUAUGGUAUUGAAGACCACAUUGUCAAGGAGGUGCUGGAAUUCAUUCCUUCAUCGACCUAUGUCUUGAUCUCGGACACUAAUAUUGCCAAAUUCGACCAUGUUGAAAAAUUAGAAAGCAAACUUCAGGCCGCUUGUAAAGCGAAAAACCCUGAAAACCCUGCCCGUCUUUUAAAAUAUUUGAUUGCUCCUGGUGAAGCUUCUAAGAACCGUGUGACCAAGGCUGAGAUUGAGGAUUGGAUGCUUUCUCAAGGAUGUACUCGUGAUACUGUUAUUCUAGCCAUUGGUGGUGGUGUCAUUGGUGAUAUGAUUGGAUAUGUAGCUGCUACUUUUAUGAGGGGUAUUCGUUUUGUUCAGAUCCCAACAUCUCUUUUGUCGAUGGUGGACUCUUCAAUUGGUGGUAAGACUGGUAUUGAUACUCCUAUGGGCAAGAACCUGGUCGGUGCGUUCUGGCAGAGCAAACGUAUCUUUAUCGAUAUUCGCUUCCUCGAGACUCUCCCAGAGAGGGAAUUUAUCAAUGGUAUGGCUGAAGUUAUCAAGGUAAGUUUGUAG